ACGUCAGUUCACCAUUCAACAAGGAGCCGCGUCUACCUGACUGAGUGUACAUGCACGUCGAGCUGCUGGAUAGCUGGUCUCAGGAGGUCGAGCAGCCCCUCCGCUACAACAUCUUUGCCGGAGGAAGUCACUACUACAGCCGCUGUCGCCAUUUUAGUAACCCAACAACACUGGCAGACAGACCGGAAGCUACGUCACGUCCUCGUGACGUUGCAGACAUCUCCAUUUUCUUCCAGUGGUCGGUAAAUUAAGCUAGCAGCACCAUUUUAGUGAGACUCGCUGUAGAACCUGUUCCAGCAUUUUGCGAAUAGUCUGAGAAAGACCCGAAUUCAACUAGAGUUUGCUCAUUUCUUACAGCGCUUAGCUAGGAAGGUAGCAUAUUCUAUGUUGUAUUUUAACACAAGACUAUAAGGACAACCACCCGGCCACACUGCGCCGGUAACGUUACCUGCUAGCUGCUAAAGCUAACCCUAGCUGGCCGCAAGGCUCUUCUCGACCGACGCAUCAGUCACUGAGCCUGCAAGCGAAGUCUGCCAAAAUGAGUGCAGCCUCCUCCCAAAAAGUCGUGCUGAAAAGUACCACCAAAGUGUCCUUGAACGAGCGCUUCACUAACAUGCUGAAGAACAAGCAGCCUGCUGCAGUAAGCAUUCGAGCCACUAUGCAACAGCAGCAUUUGGCCAGUGCCCGCAAUCGCCGGCUGGCCCAGCAGAUGGAGAACCGGCCCUCGGUGCAAGCGGCUCUGAAUCACAAGCAGAGCCUGAAGCAGCGCCUGGGGAAGAGCAACAUCCAGGCCAGGCUGGGCCGGCCUGUCGGGACUCUGAUGCGUGGAGGAGCUGCUGGAGGUAGAGGGGGAAUGCGAGGGAUGAUCAGGGGCGGCCUCCGAGGACGAGCCAGAGGGGGAGUGAUGAGGGGAGCCCUGUCCCUGAGAGGCAAGCGAGUGUCUUCUACAGGUGGCCCCAUGCGAGGUCGUGGCUCUGCUGGCCGUCUGGCAAUGCGUAGAGGAGGCCGCCACCGUGGAGGAGCUCCUGGGAGAGGAGGAGCUCUGUCCAGAGGAGCAGCACGAGGAGUAGCCCGAGGCCGUGGGGCAACAGGCCGUGGGGGACUGCGUGGCCGUGGUGGUUUUGCUGGUCGAGGUGGUCGCGGACGAGGGCGAGGUGUUGGCCAACAAGCUAUGACCCGUGAGCAACUAGACAACCAGCUGGACGCCUACAUGUCAAAGACCAAAGGCCACCUGGAUGCUGAGCUGGACGCCUACAUGGCCCAGGCAGACCCAGACAGUAUGGAGUGACGCUGAAGGACUCUGAAGCAGACACGUCUAGAGUCACUGCAGAACUGUACAGCUGAACUCGCACAUACAUUGUAGUUUUUCACCAGAUUAAUGGGCUCCCAAUUGAUCAUCUUUGUAAUUUAGACGAGUGGUGACGGUCCAGGACUCUUAGCUUUGGAACAGCAAGAAAUCAAGGUUUCCCUUGAUUGUGCUUCGACCACUACUCAAUUCUGCAUCAACCUGCUCGUGCAAACUCUUUUAAAUCUGGAAUAAAUGUGUGUGGGACCUUUUUAAACAUUAACCAGCUCUGCUGUCUGUAGACAUCAUUUUUUAUAAUCAUUAUUACUUUUUUUUUUUUUUUUUUUUUUUUUUUUUUUUUUUUAAUAUAUGACCUUAAAAACACUUCAAUCGUUUGGGACAGAUGUCUAUAAUGGUCAAUGGUCUAGUUGAUGCGUUUGAACUUCUGUUGAAACCAAUUUUGAAUUACACCGGUUUGUUUUUUAAACUUUUAUUUUACAUGUGAUUUUAGCACUAGCGUGCUCAGACCUUUUUACGGAUUCAUUUAUUGGCCUGUCUUGGCAACAAUUGCAAUGCAACCUUUUCUAAAAUAUUUGUUAAAAGAAUGUAAGCAAGGAGUUUCCAUUUGCCAUUGUUUUGUAUUUAAAGAUGUAGUACUUUGAAGUCUUUUGUUCCUCUGUAUCUUCCACCUGUCGGCGUGCUUCAGUGGGCUGCUGACGUUCUCAACUUGUACUUGAGAGCAUUUGUAUAACAUUAUCCAAAGCAAGUGAAAUAGGUUUUAAUUAAAAUGGAUAGGAUUUCCCUAA